AUCUAUAAUUUUAGUUUAUAGAAGGAUCUUUUAAGUAAAUAUAUUGUUAUGUUUAAAUCAUUUAGACUUAUUAUUGUAGUAAAAUUUUAUACUUGAUUACGAAUUUAAACCUCUUUUAAUUGUGAAUAGUAUUUUAAAGGAAAUAUUUUUAAAAAGUAAUAAAAUUGGUUAAUUUAAUAAUUUAAUAUAAUUUUUACAUUUAACUUAUAUAGUACUUCUAUUUUAAUAUAAUAUAGACUAUAAUUAGAAAAUUUAUGAAAGUAGCAUACAAGUUUUAAUUUUAUUUUAUAAUAAAAUCUUAAUUAACAUUGAUUUGAAUAAUAUUAUACUGCUAAUUAUGAAAUUAAUUAAUGCAUUAUUAUAUAAAAUAUAUUUAAAUUUUUAGUAAGAUUUUUUGUCAACAGAUAUUUUAUAAUUAAAAAUAAAAUUAAAACAGUUUUAUAUGUGAAGUUGUUAUAUGUGUUGAUUAUAUAAAAUGUGAUAUUAUAAUAUAUAAAUAGAAGUUGUGAUUUUUAUUUCAAUAGAGUAGAUGUUAAAUAAUAUAAUGAAAGUAGGAACACCAUCUUAUUAACAACCCAAGAAAACACUUAAUUGUAAAUUGCCUUUAGCCGCCACUCGCAACCCUCCAAAAGACGCACUAGAGUACACAAGCCAUGCACAUCCUCAGGCGAUAAUCCCCAUUCCCCAGUGACAGCACCCAAAACAAAAACCAAAAACAAAAAAAGAGAGAGCAAACCUUACGCUUCUUCAUGGACUCGUCUCAAUACGAUGGCGUAUACCAACCGCUUCUCUACCCUCCGGCUGAUGGAACGGUACCGCUUUCUCCAUCGACGGAGUCAAGUAACGGCGAGCUAGAGAGAGUGCUUUCCGACGUUGAAACUCCGUUUUUUCACCGCCUUCGUGAGGCCACGAUGAUUGAAUCCAAGCUGCUCUUCAAGCUUGCUGCACCUGCGGUCAUCGUCUACAUGAUAGGCAACCUAGAACUCGCCGCCGCUUCUCUUGGUAACACUGGAAUCCAAAUCUCCGCCUACGGUCUCAUGCUAGGAAUGGGUAGUGCGGUAGAGACGUUGUGUGGUCAAGCGUUUGGAGGUAGAAAAUACGAGAUGCUUGGCAUUUAUCUCCAGAGAUCCACCGUCUUGCUUACUCUCACGGGCCUUCUCCUAACGUUAAUCUACGUCUUCUCCAAACCUAUUUUGCUUUUCCUCGGAGAGUCGCCGGAGAUAGCUUCCGCCGCGUCUAUCUUUGUAUACGGCCUAAUUCCUCAAAUCUUUGCCUACGCCGUAAACUUCCCGAUCCAAAAGUUCCUCCAGGCGCAAAGCAUCGUGGCACCGAGUGCUUACAUCUCUACGGCCACUCUCUUUGUUCACCUUCUCUUAAGCUGGCUCGCUGUUUACAAGCUUGGCAUGGGGCUUCUUGGAGCGUCGCUCGUGCUUAGUCUCUCGUGGUGGAUUAUAGUGGUGGCUCAGUUUGUUUACAUCGUGACGAGUGAACGGUGUCGUCAGACGUGGAGAGGGUUUAGUGUGCAAGCGUUUUCUGGGUUACCGAGUUUUUUCAAACUCUCCGCCGCCUCCGCCGUGAUGCUUUGCCUUGAGACUUGGUAUUUUCAGAUCUUGGUUCUUCUUGCCGGACUCCUCGAGAAUCCGGAGCUUGCUCUAGAUUCUCUCUCCAUUUGCAUGACGAUUUCAGGAUGGGUGUUUAUGAUAUCUGUUGGGUUCAAUGCAGCGAUAAGUGUAAGAGUGAGUAAUGAACUUGGAGCUGGAAACCCUAAAUCAGCAGCGUUUUCUGUAAUCAUCGUCAACAUAUAUUCCUUAAUCACAAGUGUGAUCUUAGCCAUUGUUAUUUUGGCAUGCCGUGACUUUUUGAGUUAUGCGUUCACUGAGGGUAAAAAAGUUUCGGCCGCGGUUUCUGAUCUUUGCCCGCUACUUGCCUUGACGCUUGUUCUCAAUGGAAUCCAACCCGUUCUUUCUGGUGUGGCGGUUGGAUGCGGUUGGCAAGCGUUUGUGGCGAAAGUUAACGUUGGAUGUUAUUACAUUGUCGGAAUUCCUCUUGGGGUUAUCUUUGGGUUUUACUUCAAUUUCGAUGCCAAGGGUAUAUGGACCGGAAUGAUAUGUGGUACCCUUAUACAAACCGUUAUUUUAGCGUGGGUCACGUUUAGAACAGACUGGACAAAAGAGGUGGAAGAAGCUUCUAAAAGGUUGGACAAAUGGAGCAACAAAAAACUAGAAGUGGUUCCCGAAUAAUGCAAGUCGAUGUAAAUUUGGUAUUCAGUGAACCGAAUGGAUUCAUUGGUGUAUGAAAACCGAUGCAAAUGCUCAUGAUAACCCGUGUAAUGGGUACUAUAGUUAUCUUGAAUCCUCGAUCUAAGCUUUCAUUGAUAGAUGUGCUUUGCUUGCUAAAAAUAAAAAUAGAUGGUACUAUAUAUUUUGUACUAGAGUUCACCCGUAGGCGGGAUAGUAAAUUAAAAAGUAAUAUAAAACAUUUAUUAUUUGAAUGAGCAUUUGAUAUUUUUAGUUACAAUAUAACUUUCAUUAUUUAUUUUGUUAUUUUUAUUAGAAAUCACAAAUUUGUCUUAAUUGUAGUUGAUUGGAGUGCAUAUGGAUUAUUAUUAGCUUAUGUGUUUAUUUAUU